AUGGCGGAUCUGCGAGGAGGUCCAGUGGAGGUGGUGCAUGAGGGUCGAGCGGGCUCCGUCGGGUGCCUCAUGAGUACUGGAGGCAGAGGCGGAUCUUUGGGGGAGCCCGUCGACGACAAGUCGUUGGUGAGGAAGAAUAGCACUCCUACUAAUGGUGAGAAGACGGAGGAGCAAGCGCGAUUGGAGAAUCAGCCUAAUAGCGUUGGUCAAAAGAGAACGAGGAACAACGACAAGCGAUCAAGGUCCCUUGUUACACAUGUUCCACACUAUGAUGGCCAUCUGUGCAGAAAAUAUGGGCAGAAGAACAUCAAUGGGAGGAAACAUCCAAGGAGCUACUACAGAUGUGCCUACAGAGAACGGAACUGCUUAGCAACAAAGACAAUUGAGGAACAAGAACCAAAUGUCGACGAUGGUACCAGUAAUAGUGCCAUGGCCAGUGAGGAAAGUGCAAAGUACACUGUCGUGUACCACGGUGACCACACUUGCAAGGACCAUCAUACCAUAAGCAUGGUCCAGCUUUCCCAACUUGUUGGAAGUAUGGAUCUUCAUAGCACGGAAAUGCCUCCAACAAGUACAGAUGUUCAAGAGUCUGAGGCAGAUUUGGACUUGCCAGCUUUACUAGAGGUGUUCGAUAGUUCUCUCAUUGAUUGGGAGGCACUAUACCGCAGCCCCAAUGCAGCGACUUCAUAG